CUCCAUGAGGUACAUGAUUACAUCCGAGCAGCCUGCUCGAGUGAAACUUUCCACCAUUCUCAAUCUCUCCAUAAUGCAGCUCAAUCUGGCUCUUCCGCCGUGACCAAAAUGACCGAAAUGACCAAUUACACUGGAGUUUUCCGUGCUGUCCCUAACCUCAAUGACGGCCGGCGGCUGUCCAAGAGGAAUCGACAACCAGUCUCAUGUUCAACGUGCCGCCUCAAAAAGCUUAAAUGUGAUCGUCAGAAACCUUGUGGAUCGUGUUCGCGGGGUGGGCAUAGAGCAACCUGCGACUACGUUACUCGAGGGGAAUCGCGACACAAAGACAAGGAAACAUCGGGAUCUGAAGCAAACGCUCGUUUGCGGAGACUUGAGGAAAUGGUCCAGGGACUUAUCCAGGAGUCCGGCCUUGCAAAGCAAAGCACUUACGCUUCGCCACGAGUUUCAGCUGGUGAGCAUUUGAGACAAGGCACAGAGGUGUCUUAUAUAGGUGCUACUCAUUGGGAAGCAAUCCUUGAGAGUAUCCACGAUGUUCAAGAUUACUUCGAAUCCGACAGCGACAGCUCCUUCGUCGCAACGAGAACCGACAGACUGUCGGAUGUUAUUGUGCUUGGUCAACUUCAACCACUAUCACUGAACGAUGUGCUUGCUGCACUACCAAGUCAUUCUACAGUGAAUAAGCUACUCGCCUUGUAUUUCAACGCAACAUUCAUCGUGGUACCAUUCAUUCAUACUGCCAAGUUCCAACGAGAGUGUGAAGCCUUCUGGGAAAACCCUCCAUCAAAAUCUUUCUUCUGGCUAAGCAUCUUGUUCUCUACUCUAUGUCUCGGAUCGAUCGUGUCCACAGCUACCGGAAAAGAAGUUGAUUCAAAAGAAGUCGACUGCAGUCCCUCCGCAUUCUUCAUCAAAGCCGGCCAAUGCCUAAGUACUGGAAACUAUCUCAAAGCCCUCCCAAACUCGGUAGAAGCACUCGUCCUCUAUGCUCACUGUAAGUUUAUCUAUGACCGCGACUCCGAUCCCUCAGUUUGGGCACUCUACGGACUUGCAACACGGCUUGCUCAGCGGAUGGGCUACCAUCGUGAUCCCUACCAGCUGUCCGCCAGAGUCUCAGCUUUCGAGGCUGAGAUGCGAAGAAGGGUUUGGUACUUUAUUGAUUCAUUUGAUGCCCUGUUCUCUUUCCAGCUCGGCCUGCCGGCUAUAACGCACGGGUCUGAGUGCGAUACUAUCGUCCCUUCUAACCUGCCAGACUCGGACUUCGAUGAAGGGACUGAGGUCUUGCCACAGCCACGUCCAGAAUCAGAGGCCACAAGGAUCUUGUCUUUUCGUGUGAAAAUACAACUGAUGCGUCUUCUGCGUCAUGUCUCCAAGCUUGCGUUAGCGACGGAGCAGCCUGAGUACGAAAAUAUCAUGCAAGUAGAUCGAGAACUGCAAAGGUGGCACGAAGACGUACCAGCAUGUCUGAAAAAUCGACCAAUUGCUUCCUCCAGCUUCAUGGACCACACGCAUAUCAUCGUUUUCCGCUGCACGUUGCAGAUCUUGUACCUCAAAGCAGUGUGCCAUCUACACAGAACGUACAUCACAUACCAGAAAGAGAAUAAGAAGUUUGAUGCAAGUAGGAAGAGGUGUGUAGAUGCUGCUUUGGAGAUCUUGGAUCUUCAAGCAGAAGUACAUCGCGAGAGCCAGCCCUUUCGACGACUCUAUGAGGAUAGGUGGAUAGUGACAAGCAUCACGCUUCACAAUCACCUCCUAGCAGCCAUGGUGAUCUGUCUAACUCUAUGCGAGUCUGCCACACAUAUUCCAAGCGAGUACACGAGGAUGACGAACGCGGUAAAGACAUCUUAUGAUAUAUUCGCAGAACGAAAGCAUAUGUCUAAGGAUGCGGCGCAUGCUACGACAGUUCUUGCUGCGAUUUUGCGGAAAAUCUCGGGACACGGGUCGAGCUCCAAAGCUAUGGACGGUAUGCAAAUGACACCUUUGCUACCUGUAAACGAGAUUGAGGAAUACGUACAAGUAGCAGAGGAUCAUCAUCUUGAACUCGACCCAUUCGAUAAUGUUUUGAACAAUACUGAAAACUUCGACUGGAACUUUAUUGAUCAGUAUCUUCUUGAUGGGAGUAAAGAAGUGCAAUAUGAUAUCUAGACUGGAAGUAGACACAUAAAUCAUAAUGUGGUCAGAUUUGAUAGUAAUCUAUGCUGGAAAUUGCGCAUCUCCUCGAGCGGAGUUAUCAGAUCGCCGUGUGAGUAUGCUGCUUACUUGCGCGAUGAUUUCUAGUUUCCCAAAGAGGCAAAUAACUAAAUCCAUUGUCCAACAACCCCAGUAGUACCC